AGUGAAAGUUGGCUUAUGGUAAAGUAGCCUGGAAAAUGAGAGAUGCUUGUCAAAGUUCUAAGGGACCCUGCAUCAUUCUGAAACAUGAAGUUUGCAUAACAAGACCAUUGUUAUGGGGAAAGGAGCUUUUGAAAUGUUGCUAACUGAAUAAGAUGAAAGAUAUUUGCACCUGGUAGCUGACACUUCUCCUGCCUCAGAUUCUGCCAGAUGUUUCUUUCAGUUUGGCAAAUGGAGGAUCAGUUUGAUAACUUAGACAAGCAUACCCAAUGGGGCAUUGACUUCCUGGAGAGAUAUGCAAAAUUUGUGAAAGAAAGGAUAGAGAUUGAACAAAACUAUGCAAAACAAUUGAGAAAUCUGGUCAAGAAGUACUGUCCUAAACGUUCAUCCAAAGAGGAAGAGCCCAGGUUUACCACGUGUCUAGCCUUUUUUAACAUCCUUAACGAGUUAAAUGACUAUGCAGGACAGCGAGAAGUAGUUGCAGAAGAAAUGGGACACAGAGUAUAUGGUGAACUAAUGAGAUACUCUCAUGAUCUAAAAACAGAAAGGAAAAUGCAUCUUCAAGAGGGGCGAAAAGCUCAGCAGUAUCUCGACAUGUGUUGGAAACAGAUGGAUAAUAGCAAAAAGAAAUUUGAGAGAGAGUGCAGAGAGGCAGAAAAGGCACAACAAAGCUAUGAAAGACUGGACAAUGACACUAAUGCUACAAAGGCUGAUGUUGAGAAAGCUAAGCAACAAUUAAAUCUGCGUACACACAUGGCUGAUGAAAACAAAAAUGAAUAUGCUGCACAACUACAGAACUUCAAUGGCGAACAACACAAACACUUCUACAUUGUUAUUCCUCAGAUAUACAAGCAACUACAAGAAAUGGAUGAACGAAGGACCAUCAAGCUUAGUGAAUGCUAUAAAGGUUUUGCUGAUUCUGAACGAAAAGUUAUUCCCAUAAUUUCUAAAUGUUUAGAAGGAAUGAUUCUUGCAGCAAAAUCAGUUGAUGAACGUAGAGAUUCUCAGAUAGUGAUCGACUGCUUCAAGUCUGGUUUUGAACCUCCUGGAGACUUCCCAUUUGAAGAUUACAGUCAGAAUAUUUACAGGACCAUCUCUGAUGGUACCAUCAGCACACCAAAGCAGGAAGGAAUGAAGAUUGAUUCAAAAACCACUGUGGGCAAGGCCAAGGGCAAGCUGUGGCUUUUUGGAAAGAAACCAAAGCCACAGUCCCCACCCCUAACCCCUACUAGUUUAUACACAUCCAGUACUCCUAAUGGGUCCCAGUAUCCCAUAUUCUCCAUUGAACCAGUGCAUUAUUGCAUGAGUGACAUAAAAACAGGGAAGCCCAGAAUUCCUUCUUUCAGAAGCCUCAAAAGAGGGUGGUCGGUGAAGAUGGGCCCCGCACUGGAAGAUUUCAGCCACCUGCCCCCAGAACAAAGACGUAAGAAGCUGCAGCAGAGAAUCGAUGAACUUAACAGAGAACUCCAGAAAGAAACAGACCAGAAAGAUGCACUUAUCAAAAUGAAAGAUGUUUAUGAAAAAAACCCACAGAUGGGAGAUCCAGGCAGUUUGCAGCCAAAAUUAGCUGAGACCAUGAGCAAUAUGGACCGUCUUCGAAUGGAAAUACACAAGAAUGAGGCUUGGCUUUCUGAAGUUGAAGGUAAAGUAGCAGCAAGAGGUGACAGGCGGCACAGCAGUGACAUCAACCAUCUUGUAACACAGGGAAGAGAGAGCCCUGAGGGGAGCUACACAGAUGAUGCAAACCAGGAAGUUCGAGGCCCACAGCAGCAGCAUGCCCACCCUAAUGAAUUUGAUGAUGAAUUUGAAGAUGAUGAUCCCUUACCAGCUAUCGGACACUGCAAAGCAAUCUAUCCCUUUGAUGGUCACAAUGAAGGCACCCUGGCAAUGAAAGAAGGGGAAGUUUUAUAUGUUAUUGAAGAAGAUAAAGGAGAUGGAUGGACAAGAGCUCGAAGACAGAACGGAGAGGAAGGCUAUGUGCCAACAUCAUACAUAGAUGUAACUCUAGAGAAAAGUAGCAAAGGUUCCUGAAGCGGGUUUCUGAGAAAAUGGGCGAGAUGUUGAAGGAGGUUACAUGCAGCUGCUUUUGGGGAGGGCAUUAGGCUGGGAGGCACCAUGAGAAGGGGAAAGCUAGUUGCAUGAGUGCAUGCAGACAUACAUUUAUUCACUAACAUUCUCAGCAUUGCCAUAUGUAGCUAAGGACCUGUUACAAAUUCUUAAAUUUCUGCAGCAAAAUAGGACUCCAUUGCAACAGAAUAAACUAAGGCAACCAGAUCAUGGUCCUAAGUACUGAAAGUUGCACAAACUGUUCACCAGUUUGUUACAGUUUAUUGUCUCAGCUGUCUUCUUUUCCAGCCCCAUUAUAAUUGGUAGUCAUUCAAGACCCUGUCAUUUGUCAGUGUCUGCAUAUGCCACCUCCGUGCUCGCCCUAACCUCCUCCUGCAUGUCUAGAGUUCUCAGGCAUGUCAGUCUAACCUUUUUCCUCCAUUGCUUAUCAUCUUCUUUUUCAUGUGUAGCAAAACCACUUUGUUUAAAUAUCUCCUGUACUAAAGUUUUCAUCCUAGUGUCCAUGUGUGCUGCUAUAACUUUCCUACUGCAACUAUCAUUACAUUCCAGUUUUUCAGCAUUAUAACUGAUGUGAACCUUAAUGUAUUUAUGUUGUUGAUUUGGGGAAAAGAACACAUCUCAGCUCUAGCUGACAGUGCAGUCAAAGGAGCUCCUAGAACUGUGGUCCAUCUUCAGCACUUCGGUAACCUAUAGUGAGCACUGAAAACCUGGCAUGAACAACACAGAGAUUCACCACCAGAAGACAAGUGACUGUUUUUAGAAGUCAACUGCUUGCCAUUCAGACGCUGCCUUAAACUAGAGUGCCUAAAUCUGUUGAUUGCCAACACUACCAUUACAGUAUCCCACAAAGGGCUUUGGGUCUCAGCUCAGUAUGACCUCCUGUAACUCCUUCCAUGGUGCUGCAGCUGCUGAGGUAGCCACAGCAGGUGGUUUCUAGAGCUCUACCUUAUGUGAUACAUGGUGCAUCAUACAUUUUAUGCAUUGAAACUGAAGACAUGGAUCUGUUCAUUUUACUUUAAUGAAUGUUUUUAAGAUAAUUUUUAUGGAAAUUUCUUCUUGAUUGUCUCUUAAUUUGGGGUUAUGACACUCCAGUUUAAUCACUGCAGUGCUAGAUCUCUUCCCAGGUGAUGCUUCAUUGUAUGGACCAGUUGAAAUUUGAGUGAUACUUUGUAAUGAUCUUUGUGCACUUUUACUUGUAAACAAUUGAAAUUUGGAUGUUUAUAUGUGUAAAUAUAGUUGUCUGCAGAGCCCCUACUGCUCAUGUUGUCUUGUCUCCCAUUUGUGAUUCUAUUAAUAGAAUGUAUCAUAUCUGAUUUUAAUAGGUAACAUUAGGCUAGGGGAGGUAGUGGGAGGGAUCUCUGUAUCCGUUGAAGUUUCAUCAACCCAGGCACUUGCUGUUUAGGGAAAGAAUAGUGCAACAUCCUGUUUUUCCAUGGGGUUUGAAGCAAUAUUUGGAUGCAGCAGUGCUGGAUUCUUUUAAAAAAAAUAUGUCAGUGUUAUUAGAAAUCGUACUACCAGUAAAACUGAAUCUGAGUGACUUGUGUGGCAGUUAAUUCCUUUGUUACGUAUACCACUAUUACACAGCUGACCUAGCGUAUUACAUUUGGGGGCUAUUAAAUGCUAAAGUUUAGAUUUUUGGAUAUUGUAUACAGGGUUAUUUAUAUAAUGUGACAUUACUCAAUACUGACAAACUACAUAGUGUAGUUUUUUUUUAAACCUAGUGCUUUUUUAUUUUAAAGUUAGAGAAGGAAAUGUGAUCUGUGUUUUUUCUGCAAAGAGGUUUGCCUGGCUAACAGCCUUGCAGGUCAUUGUUAGCACUUCCUGGUAAAGGACUAACUGUUCUUUUCAUGCUACUGUUUGUUUUUCUAAAACCAGGAUUUGCUUCCUGUGAAAGCAAGUUGCUUUCAUAAGGGAUAAUGCAACCUGUAUGAGAGUUAUUAAAUAUAGAAUAAACCAUUUGUACUUGCACAGCUAGUUAUAAAUCACUAUUCUGAACGUGAAUUGUCUAAGGAAUCUUACAUUUUUCCAGUAAUUUUUAAUCCUUUUGUGCACAUGUUGAUUUCUUAAAUGUUAAAUGCUUUGUUUAAAAAUAGUGUUCUCUGUUGAGAAUAUUUUCAUGGAAUAAAAAAAGAACCUUUUCAUGGUUAA